UCACAUAUCCAGUUUCAUCAACAACGACUGUAUCUCCCUCCUGAGACUCCAGCAUUUGAGUAGAAAACAUUCCCGACCAGUGCGUGUUUAUUAAGACACGCCGACGUUUAUAAGCUCACUUGAUUAACCACAUUCUUCACAACAAAGAAAUAACAAAAGAGCAGUUGAUGUUAUGAUGAUGUGCGCACCAGGGCGAAGCAGGAUGUGACUGAAGCAGAGCGUGGGGUUUGACGUAAGACGAGUGAUGCACGCAGCUCAUCAGUAUAAUCCACAGAAGAAUGGCGAAGGCAACAGCGUCUGGCUGGUCAAAUGAAGACAAAUACGUAUCCAGACUUAAUCUAAGAUGCGAGAAACAUCUCAAGAAACAAAUAGAUGUUCUCGAGAAAGAAAAAAUCAUGCUUGCAAAAUCUCUUGACGCGGAGAAGAGAGCGUUUCAGGACCGAAGCCACAGACUGAACAUAAAACCGGAAAACAUUGAGCACCUCUCAGAGCCUAAAGGAACAACAGUAGUGGAGCAAAACAGGGAAUUAGACCGUCUUUUUAAAAGUUUGGUUCAUAGACCCUACAUGACCGGGUCGGGGUACUCAUAUAUCGAGUAUCUCUCCCGGAAUAUGCAACCGCUAGUAAAGCGUCCACUUCAAUGGGGCAUUAACCCGCCUCUCCCUACAGCGAAAUCUCGCUCGUUACCAAACAUUCAAGGGACAGAUCAGGAGACAUUUUUCGGACGAGUUAAUGGACACCCGGCAAAUUUGAACCAACGAGGUGACGCUAGAAGGCCGGUUCAACGUGAAAAACCGGUCAUCCUACCACCUAUAGCAACAAAAACACUCCCUGUACAACAACGGAGACCGCAUAAAAGAAAACCUGUUGCCAAGGCGUCUAGCUACGUAUGGAAACGGGAGGCUGCUCCCCCUCAAACGAGUACCGAGAAAGAGGAGCCUGAAAGGCAUGAAGAGGAGGGCAGAAAGAGCCCUGUUAGCACGCCACAGAAGGAGAAAGAAGUCGCAGAGAUCCCUGAGCGUGACAUAGUGAUCACGGUGACUGACGACGAAGACACGGUCGAGGAAAGCUCAUCGACUUUUGUCACGGAUGUCAGAAUGCCGGAUAACACGCGAGAUGAUGAGGAACCCGAAGGGGGCGAUAGUAUGGAGUCUGCAGUUACCGAGACGAGUGUAGAGAAAAAAGCAAACCCAGAUACGGCAGUGAUGGGUCCUGAACAGAAACCCGAGGAGGAGACCAAGAGCGCUAAGGCGCGGAGUGCAGUUUUACCAAAGAAUUUAGACAGUAGACGGCAUUCAGUGUAGGUCAUAACCAUAUAAAUAAAAGCGAGAAACAUAUUAAAACGUCUUGUAGGGUGGUCUUCAACACCCCAAAGGAAGGACCGAUGAAGUCCGAAUGUGCUUGUAAUCGCAAUGAUUUUUUCUGUGGAAUAACACGGCAUAGCUAGUCAUCAGGAAUGGGUAUACUCGUCCACGUUAUAUACUCAAUUUACUCAAUUAGCAGUCACUUUAACCUGACACGUGCUAAACACUGAUUUAUAAUCAGAAGAGUAUAAGAAUUCUCAGUAUCGAAUGUGUAAAUAUGAUAUCAGACGCGAUAUCGUCCUACAAAUUUGAAUUAAUUCAAAACAGUAUGUAUAUAAUAAUUUUAUAUUAUACGUUGUAAAUAAUCUAUAUAAUUUAAGACAUAAAGGUCUAAUGUCUUACCAAUAAAGGGCAUAUGCGGGUA